CGCAAGUCGUUUUUUUAUACAAAAGACAAAGAUAUUUUUAAUUGUUUCAAAGACAAUAAAAAAAAAUGUCAAGUAUAGAGGACUUAAUUGGAAAACUAGCUUUAACUACAGUAACAACAGUAUCUAGAAUAGCUUUAAGUCAUGCAACAAAUGCUGCUAUUAAAAAUGUUACUUCUUACAUUACAACUCAAUUACCAAAAAAUAAACCUGAUUCAAAAGAGAUUCGUACUCUUCAACGUCAUCUUGAUCUCAAAAUCAAAAAUCUCAAGCCAACUAUUGACAUUAUUGCUCGAUCUGUAGCAGACGGAAAUAGUGAUCUAGAACCCGCUUUAGAAAUUUGCAAUGACCUCAAAUUAGACUUGGAUACUUUUGCAACAAAUACCUUAACAGAUGCAGAUCAAGUCAAAACGCGUCUCCGUCAACUGAUUGCUAAUGUUGAUGAUGCUAUACCUUCUUUACACUUGGCCUUACGUUCCAUCGAAAAUAAAGUCAAUCAAGCCAUUGAUCCUGCUAAACUCAUUCAGGCAUCCCAUAUCUUAACUGGCCAUGAAGCUGCUACAUUUCGAAUUAAACUCUAUUCACUGUUUUCAGCUAAUUUAAGAUCAUCAGCAAAUAAUUUUACAUGGAAAGAAGAGUUUCAUAAAGCAGAUUUGAUUAUCAAAGAGAAAAAAGGUGAUAGUAAAGGAUAUGAGAUGGUAAUAACAGUGGAUAAAAAUGAUGGUCUAUAUCACGAUGAUGAUGAAGAAGAAACGAAACGUAUUGUAGAUGUAGGGCAUAUUAACCGCAUGUAUUAUACACAGAGUGGACAAUUAUUAAAUAUCGAGGAUGCAAAAUCACCAGUUCUUGUAUUCAAAGUUAGUAAACAAGAUAAUAAUAAUAAUAAAAAGGAAGAUGAAAAAUUAGUUAAAGUAAAAGAUGUUGCACCUGAGAUUAUAAAGGAAGAAUUAAAGGAAGUGGAUUGGUACGCAAUUGGUCUAUGGAUAGAAGAAGAUGAAAGUGAAAGCGAAAGUGAAAGUGAAAGUGAAAGCAACAAAAAAACAAAGUCACCAGAGCCAUUUAGCUUGAAUUUACUCUUAUUAGAAGAUGUCAUUAAAUUAGCUUUACUUGAAAUAACAGAACAAAUCAACCAUAUUUAUGCCUCUGAUGAAUUAAUCACUUUAUACAUGAAGAAUAAAUGAAUAAAACCCGAAUUUCAAUAGUCGUAUGUGCAACUUUCCCACCUUUUAUUUUAAAUAACUUUUAAUAGUCCCCUCUUUCUCGUGACACUAUUGUGAAUUAUAACUACAAAGCAUAGUAUGUACGAUUAUCCAGAAAAAUUGAUCGUAGUCCCUUUACAUAAUAAUGAGAUAUUAUUACCUGCUAUUACUUUACGUCUCUUGAUUCGUGGUAAACAAGCAGCAGAACUCACUAAAGCCUAUUUUAAACAGCAUUCAUCUUCUAUACAGCAAGAUAUUUAUGUUGCUUGUAUUCCUUUAAGA